UGGUCUUGAAAGCACAAUAGGAACUGACUGAGACAAGUGGCUGGCACUUGGUAUAAACAUCAGCGCUUGGCGGUAUUACUGCUUUCUGACCAUCUUUGAGCUACGCACCGCCCCUCCGACCUGUAAAUCUCUCUAGCAUUCAGUGGAGCGAGCGGCUCUGACAGGCACUAUCAACUGGCCGAUCUGCGCGACCCUGGGCUGGAUCAAGGGGAAGGAAUGGGGACAGUCAGUUGCGAAGGCGACAUCACCCGAGCGCUUAUAUGUCAGAAAGCGAACACUCCGCUAGAUGAUGUCGUUUGUGUUUUCGCAUCGUGGCAACAGUUUGGGGACUUGAAAUAGCUUCUGCCAUUCAAAAACCAUCGAGGCUAUCGAUUAAAUUGGUGUUUAGAAAAGUGAAAUCAAUUUUCCGCUGUUAAUCGACCGAAUCCCUGGAUGGAAGACGACUUGAUAGGUCGGACAGAAACUGUUUGAAGAAAACAACCCUUUUUCAAUGUCGCUGCGCCUAUCAUAAUCUGAAACAUCAUUGGCAGCCUCGACGGCUGCUAGAUGAGACAGACCAUCUUUGCCAUGGCAUUGGUCCUGAAAAACUCGGAAAAGCUCUCAAAAUGAAAAGCGCUCAACGUUUGUCAUUACUGCGGAUUUAAAUGCCUCUCGCGAAUGGACACCGACCGGCUAUUUCGGUCCAGUUAGUGCGUGCGGCGUUUUCUACUGUCGCGGAAAUCUGAAAUAGAUUGAAAUAAACAUACAAUUAAUUAAGUGCGGGUGAGAAUAUACAACGCAUAGUUUUUUAAAAAGCAAUAUGGCUGGUGAGUGGGGCUGGGGACGCUGGCAUAGGCUCUCCAAGGCUCCUAGAUGCUAGCUGAGGCGGACGCCACCGUUACCCAUGGAAGCGGCAACUCUAUGAUGAGUAGAAAUAACUAUUUUAACAAAAAUCCGGACUCCUCGAUCUCUAUGUCCAAGAUGGACGUGAUCAUCCCCUUCUCGCCAGACGUGCCCUGCGACAACAAUGGCCAGCGCAUGUGGUGGGCAUUCCUCGCCUCCUCCAUGGUCACGUUUUUCGGGGGUCUCUUCAUCAUUCUCCUGUGGAGGACCCUCAAAUACCUGUGGACCGUCUGCUGCCACUGUAACAUCAAAAAGAAGGAGGCCCAGAAGGUAAAUAACCCUGCUAACAGUCAGGCAGCAGACGGUACAGCUAAGGGUCCUGAUGAGAAGGACGAAGUGGUCCCUGCCAGCGAGGUGGGCUGGAUGACCUCCGUUAAGGACUGGGCCGGGGUCAUGAUAUCAGCACAGACACUCACCGGCAGAGUCCUGGUUGUGCUAGUUUUCGCUCUCAGCAUUGGAGCACUUGGAAUAUACUUUAUAGAUUCUUCUGAUCCCAUAGAAUCCUGUCAGAAUUUCUACAAAGAUUUCACGUUACAGAUCGACAUGUUCUUCAAUGUCUUCUUCCUCCUCUACUUUGGCUUGCGGUUCAUAGCAGCCAAUGAUAAGCUGUGGUUCUGGCUGGAGGUCAACUCAGUGGUGGACUUCUUCACUGUUCCUCCUGUCUUCGUAUCUGUCUACUUGAACAGGAGCUGGCUGGGUUUAAGAUUCCUGAGAGCCUUGAGAUUGAUACAGUUCUCUGAAAUUUUACAGUUUUUGAAUAUCUUAAAAACAAGCAAUUCCAUCAAGCUGGUGAACCUGUGUUCCAUCUUCAUAAGCACAUGGCUAACAGCUGCCGGAUUCAUACAUUUGGUUGAAAACUCAGGGGAUCCUUGGGAAAACUUCCAAAAUUCCCAGUCACUUUCCUAUUGGGAAUGUGUCUACUUGCUCAUGGUCACUAUGUCAACAGUGGGCUACGGGGACGUCUAUGCAAAAACCACCCUGGGACGCCUGUUCAUGGUCUUCUUCAUCCUCGGGGGUUUGGCCAUGUUUGCCAGCUACGUCCCUGAAAUCAUAGAGUUAAUAGGAAACCGCAAGAAAUAUGGUGGUUCCUAUAGUGCGGUUAAUGGGAGAAAGCACAUUGUGGUUUGUGGUCAUAUUACACUCGAAAGUGUCUCCAACUUCCUCAAAGACUUCCUACACAAGGACAGGGAUGAUGUCAAUGUAGAAAUUGUUUUUCUCCAUAAUAUUUCCCCUAAUCUUGAGCUGGAAGCCUUGUUCAAACGCCACUUUACCCAGGUAGAGUUCUACCAGGGUUCUGUUCUCAACCCUCACGAUCUGGCCAGAGUGAAGAUUGAGUCAGCAGACGCCUGUCUGAUUCUGGCUAAUAAGUACUGUCCAGAUCCCGAUGCUGAAGACGCCUCCAACAUCAUGAGGGUCAUCUCUAUCAAGAACUAUUCCCCCAAGAUACGAAUUAUCACUCAGAUGUUACAAUACCAUAACAAGGCUCACCUGCUCAACAUUCCUAGCUGGAACUGGAAGGAGGGGGAUGAUGCUAUCUGUCUAGCAGAGCUGAAGGCUGGCUUCAUAGCUCAGAGCUGUCUAGCCCAGGGCCUCUCCACCAUGCUGGCCAACCUCUUCUCCAUGAGGUCCUUCAUCGAGAUUGAAGAGGACACAUGGCAGAAGUACUAUUUAGAAGGGGUAGCUAAUGAGAUGUACACAGAGUAUCUGUCCAGUGCCUUUGUGGGGCUCUCCUUCCCAGCAGUCUGCGAGCUGUGCUACGUGAAGCUGAAGCUGUUGCUUAUCGCCAUCGAGAACAAGUCGGAGCUGGGAGAGAGCAGCAUCCUCAUCAACCCGGGGAACCACGUAAAGAUGCAGGAAGGAACUCUGGGGUUCUUCAUCGCCAGUGAUGCCAAAGAAGUAAAGAGAGCAUUUUUCUACUGCAAAGCUUGUCACGAUGACAUCACAGACCCCAAACGGAUCAAAAAGUGUGGCUGCAAACGACCCAAGAUGUCCGCCUACAAACAAAUGAAACUGGCAUGUUGUUUUGAUUGCGGCCGUUCAGAGCGAGACUGCUCUUGCAUGUCAGGCAGUGUACAUAGUAACAUGGACACCCUACAGAGGGCCUACCCACUCUCCUCUGUCUCUGUUCAUGAUUGCGCAACCACUUUACGUGCCUUUGAAGACGAGCACCCGUCAACUCUGUCGCCCAAAAAAAAGCAGCGGAACGGAGGCAUGCGAAACUCACCCAACAACUCCCCCAACAUGAUGAGCAGGCAUGACCCUCUACUAAUCCCUGGGAACGAGCAGAUGGAGAACAUGGACAUGAACUUGAAGCAGUAUGACUCCACAGGAAUGUUCCACUGGUGUCCGUCUAAAGAGAUCGAGAAGGUCAUCCUGACCCGGAGUGAGGCAUCCAUGACGGUGUUGAGCGGCCAUGUAGUUGUCUGUAUAUUUGGAGAUGUCACGUCCGCUCUAGUGGGGCUGCGAAACUUGGUGAUGCCUUUGAGAGCCAGCAACUUCCAUUAUCACGAGCUGAAGCCCAUAGUGUUUGUGGGCUCGCUGGAGUACCUGAGGAGAGAGUGGGAAACCCUACACAACUUCCCCAAGGUCUCCAUACUACCUGGUACGCCAUUAAGCCGUGCAGAUUUAAGGGCUGUCAACAUCAACCUCUGCGACAUGUGCGUGAUACUGUCGGCCAAUCAGAACAAUAUCGACGACGCCUCGCUGCAGGAUAAGGAAUGCAUUCUGGCGUCGCUCAACAUAAAGUCUAUGCAGUUUGACGACAGCAUCGGGCUCUUGCAGGCUAACUCCCAAGGUUUCACGCCUCCUGGAAUGGACCGGUCCUCUCCAGACAGCAGUCCAGUACAUGGUUUAGCACGCCAGGCCUCCGUCACCACCGGCGCCAACAUCCCCAUCAUCACUGAACUAGUGAACGACUCCAACGUUCAGUUCUUGGACCAAGAUGAUGACGACGACCCGGACACAGAGCUGUACCUGACGCAGCCCUUCGCCUGUGGAACAGCCUUCGCUGUCAGCGUGCUGGACUCUCUCAUGAGUGCAACAUACUUCAACGAUAAUAUCCUCACCCUGAUCCGGACGCUGGUGACUGGGGGAGCCACCCCAGAGCUAGAGGCUCUACUGGCUGAGGAGAACGCCCUGCAAGGGGGCUACAGCACGCCACAGACACUGGCCAACCGAGACAGGUGUCGUGUUGCCCAACUGGCCCUGUACGAUGGGCCCUUUGCCGACUUGGGGGAUGGUGGUUGCUAUGGAGAUUUGUUCUGUAAAGCGUUGAAGACAUACAACAUGUUGUGCUUCGGAAUCUACAGAUUGAGAGACGCUCACCUUGCCACACCUAGUCAGUGUACCAAACGGUAUGUGAUUACCAACCCUCCGUAUGAGUUUGAGUUGGUCCCCACAGACCUGAUCUUCUGUCUGAUGCAGUUUGACCACAACGCGGGCCAGUCUCGGACCAGCCUUUCCCACAGCUCCCACUCCUCCCAUUCCUCCAGCAAAAAGAGCUCGUCCGUCCACUCCAUCCCCACCACCAACCGCCAGAACCGCAGCAGCAAGGCUCGGGAGGCUGGCCACAAACAGAAUGCAACAAGGAUGAAUAGAAUGAGCCAAGAAAGGAAAUGGUUUACAGAUGAACCAGAAAAUGCCUACCCACGGAACAUUCAGAUCAAGCCCAUGAGCAUGGCCAACCAAGUCAACCAAUACAAAUCCACUAGCAGUCUGAUACCACCAAUCAGAGAAGUUGAAGAUGAAUGCUGAAAACCAGGCCCGCUUGAUGACUCGUGAGAAUUCUGGACGCUCUUACGAAAGGAGAUAAGAGAUGGCGAACAGGGAUGAUGAUGAUGAUGAAUUGGUCCCCACUCAUUCUACAGAUCAAGGGUUUGACAUAAACACCACAACUGGAAGGGGCCUCCUAUGUGUAUACCUGUAAUGUUACUUCCAUGCUCUUCAUGUUUCAUUUAUCAAUCUUCCAUAGAGAUGUACAUAAUGACAAUCUAAUGAGGAUUGUACACCCCCUCCCCCUUAGCACUUUUUGAAAUUAUUUGAAGAGUUGAAGAGAGAAGAUUAAGUACUUCCUGUAAUUAUUUGCAAUCGUUCAUCACCUCUUCGUGUGACCAGACUCCAUGGCUACUGUAUUUUGAGGUUACUACUUGUUGUUGGAGGAUGAGGGUCACGGCAGUUCACUCAUCGUUCACCACAUCUCCCCAAAACGCCAUUGGGGCUGACCACUUAUACACAGUGUCUGUUUCUGUUCUAUUUGCACUAAAACUGAUCACGUUAUUUUGCAACACGACGACGGGAAACAUUGACAUCUCCCCAAAACAACACCCAUCACAGAAAUGUGAACUUUUUGGUUGUCGAUUCACUUUGUCAUUUGAAGAGGUGUACACAUCCAUUACAUCACUGUCUAGGGUAUGCUACUGUAUGUCAACAUGCUGUUGAGUAAUCAUCUGAAUGAAUGCAUUCGAGUCCUGUAGAAUGAGAUCAUAUUGUAAAUCAGUUGUCUUGAGACUCAGAGUACUGUAAGAGAUAGUUCUGGGAUAAGCUGGUUGACCGUAUAUAGCUACACUGUACCUACAUCUGUUCUGGGGAUAUCACAAUGGCUAUGGAUCAUAAUGAUGUCUUUGACCGUGUUUCAAGCUCCUAUCAUCGCAUGGUGCCUGAGCCCUUUUAUAACAAUACAGCGCAGAUGAUCAACUUAACCUGAACACAUGAAAGGGGACGAAGGACAACCUUGUCCUAUCCCUUAUGUGUAAGCAUGAAAGGGGACGAAGGACAACUUGUCCCAUCCCUUGUGUAAACAUGAAAGGGGACGAAGGACAACUUUGUCCUAUCCCUUAUGUGUAAACAUGAAAGAGGUGAAUGGACAACUUUGUCUCGUCCCUUGUGAACACGUUAAUUGAGUGAAAGGACAGCCUUGUACACAUCUUGCAUAUGGCAUGUGUGUACUGUACGUGGCAGCAAUGUGUCCCCUCAACAAAAACAUUGGUGGAACAUCUGGGUUAGUGUUAGUGUCGUCAUCUCUCCAUCAGUGUGUAUGUGAUGGAGGUUCAGCCUCUGAGGGAGCAGCAUGUGGGAUCAAGGCUUCAAACAUGAAUGACGAAUAGGAACUAGCUCUGUCUGGGGGUUGCCAAUCAACUAAUGAACUAAGCAAACACUUUUCUAUGCUCACCAUCAUGCCCAGUCACAUCACCAAUAAUACACCAUCUAUGAUUGAGCUGAAUAACUGUGAACAAACAUUAGCUGUGUGCCCUAAAAAUGUAAGGGAAGCAUUUAAGCCGAAAUCUAUUUAAUAACAAAAGAAUAAGCAUAUCAUUUCAAUAUUUUUUUGUCUGUUGAGAAAUUCGGAGAAACAAUGCCACAUAUUGCGUAAAAUGGGCAUCAGUGGGUCCUCCUUUGACCAGCUCCACCACUGCCUGGCACAGGGUUGGUAACAGAGGCAGCAAAGAGCUUGGAUGUUCUCCCCUGCCAAUCCUGAUGUCAUCAUGACACCUCUAAACACUGUUGGUAAACAUUAAGGGAAAAGCUCAAUCAUAGUUUUGCCACUGAUGACGAUGAAGAACGCUGGAGAAUACUGCCUGUGUUCUUCAUGUCAUUCUGGUCAAGGCACAAGACAGUGCGUGUUAAAAAUGGACCGUUUCUAUUUUGUUUUUGAUCCAGAGCAACCCAGACAGAGCUGCAGCCUUGGGGAGGAGAGGGUAUGGUGCCACAGAUGAGCCAACUAAAUUCUUAACCUAGAUACUUUAUACAUACAAAUAUGAUUAUUUUAUAUUUAUCUGAGCAUAAUCAUGUUGUACUUAUUUUUACACAUGACGUAGUGAGAAACACUUUGUGAAAGCAAUCCAUUAUUAUUAUUAGGCCUAUAAUUACAUCAGAUUAUUUUAUUUCUAAAUGAAUCACUGUAUUUAACAUAAUCAUACCAACAUUAUUCAUAUCAAUUCUGAAAUGCUUAUAAUUAGAAAUGCAUCAUUGAGGAAGAGUAGAAGUCCCCUCUCUUAUCCCUGAUAAAGUAUAGGGAUUAAGGGCGCUAUUCAAUCCAUAUCGCAGAAGUUCAACAUUACAGUUUGAUUGAAAUGUAAAGGCAAUGUUUAGCAGAGACUGCAUUCACGAUAAACGCUGCAUAUGUCCAGUGGUGGACCAAGUACUUAUUGUCAUACUUGAGUGAAAUUAAAGAUAUAUUAAUAGAAAAUUACUCAAGUAAAAGUGAGUCACCCAGUGAAAUACUACUCUAGUAAAAGUCUAAAAGUAUUUGGUUUUAAAUAUAUAUAUUUGAAAGUAUAAAUCAUUUCAAAUUCCUUAUAUUAAGCAAACCAGGCAGCAUUUUCUUGUUUUUUAUUUAUUUAUGGAUAGCCAGUGACACACUCCAACACUCAGGCAUAAUUUACAAACUAAGUAUGUUUGUGUUUAGUGAGUCCGCAAAAUCAGAGGCAUGACCAGGGAUGUUCUCUUGAUAAGAGUGUGAAUUGUCAAAAAUAUGAAUAGUAAAAUACAGAAAAAAAACUACUUAAGUAGUACUUCAAAGUAUUUGUCCUUAAGUACUUUACACCACUGCAUAUGUCGACUCAAUCGGAAAUUACAUUUACAUUUCUAUCGCACAAUCUGUAACACUUCAGUGAUACAGAUUGACUAGAGUCCUAAGUCAAUAUUGUAGAAGAGAUAACAUAAAUCUAAUGAGAGCCCUAAGUCAAUAUUGUAUAGGAGAUAACAUAAAUCUAAUGAGAGCCCUAAGUCAAUAUUGUAUAGGAGAUAACAUAAAUCUAAUGAGAGCCCUAAGUCAAUAUUGUAGAAGAGAUAACAUAAAUCUAAUGAGAGCCCUAAGUCAAUAUUGUAUAGGAGAUAACAUAAAUCUAAUGAGAGCCCUAAGUCAAUAUUGUAUAGGAGAUAACAUAAAUCUAAUGAGAGCCCUAAGUCAAUAUUGUAUAGGAGAUAACAUAAAUCUAAUGAGAGCCCUAAGUCAAUAUUGUAUAGGAGAUAACAUAAAUCUAAUGAGAGCCCUAAGUCAAUAUUGUAUAGGAGAUAACAUAAAUCUAAUGAGAGCCCUAAGUCAAUAUUGUAUAGGAGAUAACAUAAAUCUAAUGAGAGCCCUAAGUCAAUAUUGUAUAGGAGAUAACAUAAAUCUAACUCUGAGCUUCUGUAUCAACUGUUGAGUGCUCCUCAAAACGUAAAUGGGCUUAGUUGAAGGAUCUCUGUAGCUGUAUUGAUAAACUUUAUUGUACUGCUCAUUUUCAUCUGUAAGCAAAUACAAAUAUUGUUGUCUGAGACAAACAUAAAUGUGACGUAAACAAUCACUGGGUGUAAAUAAUACCCAGACAGUGAGCCAAUCGGAAAGGUGCAUGAAGCCCCGAUCUGGGGCAUUUAGGCAUUCGUUCUGUUCUGAGAGUAAAACUGGGUGACCUCUACUAUCAAUGAUUGACCUAAAUUAGGUCUCUUAGUAAGGAGAGAUACAUUGAAGUAUUGUUUUGUGGGUGUAUAAUGUCAUUCUUCAUGAAUGUGCGUUUCUAACUAUGUGACAGAUAGUUAGAACAUCAUCAGGUUGUUUGCAUUGAACAGAUAGCCAUGAUAUUAUAGACUAAGAUAAUGUCUUUCUAAAGACCUGUCAUUCUUGACAAAAAAAAGACAUAUAUUUGUGUCUCAAUAUGUUGUGUAUAUUCAGCCAUUAUAUAGAUUUUUCUGAAGCAAAAUGUCCCGAGCUUUCUGUCUGUCUAUUGGGUGUGGUGCGACUGCUCAUAAACAUUUUGUCCUGACGUGAACUUCUGAAGCUUUUGUGCUUACAUUGUUGUCACACUUUGUAGCAAGUAUAAUUAUUUUCAGAAAGUAUGUGAGUAAAAAUGUAUAUAUAAUUGGGUUGUUAAUAAUAUACUCGCUGGCCUGAAAAACAAGGAAUUAAUAUUUGACACUGACAAUGACUUGAUUCAUAACACAUACUAUUGACGAAGGACAAACUUAUUGUUUUGUCAUAAAUGGAAAAAAAUGUAAACUUGACUUGAGCAGGUUUAACAGGACCUGGUUAUAUGAACCAUCACAGAGGUGCAGACAUAAGCUGGUACCAGUUCAGCAAAGCUUAUCACAGUACAGGGAGAACAUACUUAAUUGGUUUUCAUGUUAAAAUAGUUUCUUUAUCAGGGUUUACAUUCCGUUUUGUCAGCUCUCGUCAUUUAUGUCACCAUAGUAAUAUCCAUGGAUUGUUUGAAACUAAUUUGCAUUAUUUGUUUACAGUUUUAUUUUUUAUUCAGAGGUACUUAAAUAACUAUCACUUUACUCAGAAAUCAAAUGGUACCAAUCACAACCCAAACAGAUGCAUACUUACAGAAUAGUCUACCAGUGCAUUUCAUUAUAUCUGAAUGUUUUUUUAUUUUCAAUACUUGUACCCACAAUUUGUGUGACUGUUUUGACUCAAACUGGAAAAUACACUGGAUUGAAACCUGUUCUUACAUUAAGCUUGAUCUAUUUUUGGCACAAAUACUCCACAAAUCUAUGGUACUGCUGUAUACCAUAUAAUAUGUUCGUACACGUCUUUGCAAUGUACGCCUCUAAAGUUAGUGUUUUGAAGUGCCAUGGGAAGUGUUGUUGAACAAGCAUCAUUCAGUCAUUCACUGGCUCACUAACUCAGAAUGAGUAGGGAUUGAGUUAGUUCUUCUCAGAAAGGGAAGUAAAUGUGUAUGUGAUUUAUACUGGCGUGGAGAACAUCCAAGCCAUCAAUGCCCCCAUGCCAGUAUAGUGCCAGGCAGUGCUGUAGGUCAAGAGGAGGGCCCAUUUCAAGACCCACUAUAGCGAAAAGUGGCAUUGAAAAGGAAGGAACAUGGGGCUCAUCAAAGUAUCAUACAUCUGUGUUGGUCGUACUGUCUGUAGCUGAAGGUACCUAUCUUGUUGUUAGGAGACUGCAGGGAGAGAUGUUAAAACAUGUUUGUUGUGUGGUAGAAGGUCUGAAUGACUGAAGGAUGCACAGAGAGCACAGGCCAUGCUGUUUCAUGUGGCUCUGGAGUGUUUUAGUCCACUUAAGAUAGUCAGGACUAUGAAACGUCACACAUCACUGUUACAGUAUGUUACAUAUUUUUGUUUAUCUAUUUUGUUACUGUAAAGGAUGGAUAAAAUAACUUAUUUGCUGGAAAAUGUACUAGAUGUAAUAAAAUGUAUAAAACUAUGGGGGGAUUUAAGUCUUAACAACACGUUGAAAUUGCAGGUGGCAAUCUUUGUUGAUUUUUUUAGGAAAAAAAUAAACUUGCAGUAUUUUGUGGGGUGGGCUGCCUAUCAGUUCGGGUGGAAUUCAGGACAUUGCUCUCACACGUCUCAUAUCUGAUUCUUUGGCACAUGGUCUACUUAGUUUGGAUGGAUAUAUGGAGGAUUUGAUGGUGCUGGGUAGAUCUACCUGACUCUGUCAAAUAUAAUCCGCGGAUAAAUAUACUGUCUUGUACAAAAAGUCUGUACAUAAAUUGUACAUGGUUUCUUUUUGUAUUUUCUCAAAUUAAAAUGGAUGUAUUUGUGUUCUAAAACUG